AUGACAUUUGAGGAUCACUUGGCACUGGAAUUGGCGGCAACUCAAGCAGGAGUGGUGCAGGAUUCCGCCGAGGGGCAUGUGACUUCCAGAAGACAUGCGCAUCCCGUCAGCCAAGGACAACUGGAGGAUGAUUUGCCGUCAGGAGAAGAUGCCUGUUAUGUUGUCGUCAUUUGCAACUCUACCUACUUUUGGAGCCCCAAGAACAGCGAUAAGGACAAUCCAUUGGAGGUUCUUGUGUGUGAACCCAUCAAAUCUGUGGUUCUUUCCUGGUCUUGGAAGCUGGAAGAAGAGCAUUCGGGGUUCCCCAUGUGGCCAGCGACGAUAGUUCUCACAACAAUACUCAUUGUUCUGCCAGCAGUACUCUUGCUGGUACCCAUCUCGGAUAGCAGCAACACCAAACCAUGCAGAACGAGCAGAACAUCAGAGUCUUGGUGGCAGAAGAUGCAAAUCCGCUUUCGUUUCCGCGGCGACCCAGAUAUCCGACUCUGGUCUUGCAUCUUGUUGAUUGUUCCCAUUGCCACCGUCCUCCUCGUCAUGUUGUUCAAACCCAUCCCGGAAGAUGUCCGACAAACCAUGCAUCAGGAUGUUGUGACCGUCGUUGUCACACAACUCAUUACCAGUUGGGCCAACCCGACAGGAUAUGGUGCCGUGGUGGCAUUGCCCUUCUUUCUGGUCCCCGUUGCCAAGCAAUCGCCACUCUUGUCACUGCUGGGGCUGUCCCCCGCACUGGCAGUAGGAUUUCACAUUUGGGCGGGACGCAUCUGUUGGGUCUUGGCCAGCAUUCACGGGACACUCCAUACCAUUGUGGCGGUCUUUGCUACUAACAGUAACGGAAGUCACAAAGGGAUGUUCGAAACGGCAAUUCACAACUUGGUUCCCAUGGAAAGGAACUGCUGGAGAUGGCAGAGCCCAGGAGGCUUUCGAAAGGAUGAAGAACCAGAAACCUAUUGUUAUCAUUCUUGGCGCAAUCUUACGGGCAUUAUUGCUGUUACGGCACUCUGGGUCCUGGUCAUGACAUCAUGGAAUGUGAUUCGGCGACGAUACUACAGGUUUUUCUACCAGUGUCAUAUCAUCUUUGGGGCCAUCAUGGUGCUCUUUAGCAUUCUGCACUUUUAUUGGAUUGCAAUCUACCUCAUGCCUGGCGUGGUCUACUAUUGGGUAUGUUCGCUUCCAUCCAUCCUGCAACAACUCAACAGUUGGAGAACGGGGAUUUUGAUUCGAAACGCUGUCGUAAUACCCAACUCGAAUGGAUGUUUCGAACUACGAUUGGCUACCAUGUCGCAACCGCGGCAUCAUCCAGCCUACGUCAAACUUUGCAUACCCGAGCGUUCCAUCCUCGAGUGGCAUCCAUUCACAGUGGCGCAUGCAUCUCCACACGAACUGCGGUUACUGAUACGAGAGUUUGGUCCCUUCACGCAAACGCUGCGCCGACGAUUGGUGGCAAACAACAACAACAAUAGACCAGUUACCAUUUUGGUGGAUGGAUUCUACGACAGUGGCCCGGACUGGGUUCAAGAAUCACUGGGCGGUGGUCGCGAUACGCUGCUUUUUGUCGCAGCAGGGAUUGGGAUAACUCCCGUCCUUCCAGUUGUGAUCAAUCUCUGGAAGAAGCUUUCCACUUCUGCUCGUGGCUCUCCCAUUGACAUUCACAUUCAUUGGUACUGUCGCGAUCCAACGCUAGUGCAGCAUGUAUGGGCCCACUAUCUGAAACCACUCAUCGCAGCAGAGACUCAACCACCGCAGCAGGCAGUUUAUAAUUUUGAUGGCAGCAACCAGCAAUCGAGAAUACACUUUUGUGUCCAUCUGACAUCGAGUCGCAGCGGAGAUGAUGAUCCAACGCGCGACUUUGAUGAGUGCGACGACGAGAAGCAACCAGAUUCAUCCCGUGGUCUCGUGCGAGGCGGCGACAACGAUCAACGCAGUCCCUCUGGAUCCCCCUUCCAAGUUUCGCCUCGAAGUACUCUUAGGCUCGCGGCAGUCACCAUGAUCAUCACAUUUGGGAUUCACCUUUGGUGGUAUCAUGAAAUGUCUUGGAACUACCGUCACCGAAUCUUUGUCCGUGGCUACUCUCUGGGUGUUGCGAUUGCUGUUCCCAUUUUAGUGUUCCUUCUUUUCGAAUUUUCUCGAUGGAUUCUUGCAGCACAUCCGCAACACGCUCUGGUCAGCGCUGAAGAUGACGACGACGACGAUGUGGAGAAGAGCAGUGAAACGUUGGAUGAGGUCGCCCUGACGAAUAACGACGAAAAGGUCAUUGUCAAGGGAACGUGCCGAUUUUCACUCGUUUUCAACCAAGGGCGACCUCCAUUGGCCAACGUGAUUCACCCAAUUGUCGAAAGCGAAUCUCCUGCCGUCUUCUUUUGCGGUCCGGGCAGCUUAUGGACCGAGAUGAAAGGGAGCGUGGAAGCCGCCAGGAAGGAUCGCAACGAUAGCUCUCGACGAUGCUGUGCCUGGUUCAAGGAGCACUUUGAACUUUAA